AGCCCAUACCUCAACGCCUCAGCACGACGCGGCGAACACAUCUGUCUGCUCCGACGCCGUCAGCAGGCCCUUUCUCGCCCCAAACUCCGGCGACGAUCCACGCCUCGCGCUAGGGUUUUGCGGAGAGUUUGUUGGGCGGCGAUGGCGUUGACCAACCUGAUCCUGACGGUUGUAGGCGUGGGCGCGGCGGUGAUGCUGCUGCGGAAGGACGUGAAGCAGUCGUCCGCCGUCUUCCGUCGCAACAUUCGCCACAUCAAGACCUGGCUCGAGGAGGAGUCCGCCGCCACCACAUCUGCUGAGCGAUCGGUACCCAAGGAGCUGGAGUCCCAGGCUGCCAAGAAGGAUUCCACACCCAAAGUGGACAAGGAUUAGAUGAUUUUACACUUCUUCUACUCGACGCAACUGCGGAUUUAGGAUUCUCAUGUAGUAUUUGUAAAUAGAAGAUGUUUGGUAGGAUCUUCACUCUAAAGAAUAUUGGAAUCAAAUAAUUGGGGGAUGUUUGGAUAGCUGCAUGUGGGUUCUAUAUGUUUUCACGUUGGUCUGAAGAUUGGAGUGCAUUUUUAUAUUUCUUUCUGAUGAGAUAUUUUACUGGAACUCUACAGCUGAGACCAAUGAACAAGCGAUCAGCCUACUUUGUGGUUUU